AGCUGUGGUGAGAGGUCGAGCGUCUCAAGCCUGAGAAGUCACCUUUUCUUUCUCCGUGUUCUUCUCCGACGCGCACACGCAAUGGUUGCUGCUGCUGCUGCGUCCGGCGCAUGGCUGACCCGAGCAGCGAUGGCGUUGGUGAUGGGUGGUCUCUUGGUGGCGUCUGCUAAGGCGGGCGACGUGGAUAUGGUGUUCCUGAAGAGUGCAGUGAGCAAGGGAGCAGUUUGCUUGGAUGGGAGCCCCCCAGUUUACCACUUCUCUCCUGGCUCUGGUCCUGGUGCCAACAACUGGCUGGUUCAUAUGGAGGGGGGAGGUUGGUGCAGGAAUUCUCAAGAGUGUUCUGUCCGGAAGGGUAACUUCAGGGGCUCUUCCAAAUUUAUGAGGCCGCUCUCAUUUUCAGGGAUCUUAGGUGGCAGUCAGAAAUACAAUCCUGAUUUCUACAACUGGAACAGGGUGAAGAUCAGAUACUGUGAUGGUUCAUCGUUUACUGGUGACGUUGAAACAGUGGAAACUUCGACAAACCUCCAUUACAGAGGGGCCAGGGUUUGGAAUGCCAUCAUCGAAGAACUAUUGUCGAUGGGGAUGAGCAAAGCACAAAAUGCUCUUCUUUCUGGCUGUUCGGCUGGAGGUCUGUCUGCCAUACUGCACUGUGACAAAUUCCGAGAUAUGCUUCCAGCAACGGCAAAGGUCAAGUGCUUUUCUGAUGCUGGUUAUUUUAUUGAUGGAAAGGAUAUCACCGGCAAUAAUUUUGUUAGAACAUUCUACAAGGAGAUCGUAAAUCUACAUGAAUCUGCUAAAAAUUUGCCAGUUUCAUGCACAUCAAAGAUGUCUCCUGAUAUGUGCUUCUUCCCGCAGAACGUAGUGCCAACACUGCGCACACCGUUAUUCAUACUUAAUGCAGCAUAUGACUCAUGGCAGAUCAAGAACGUCCUAGCACCUAGUGCCGCUGACAAAAAGAAGACUUGGGCCCAAUGCAAGCUUGAUAUAAAGAGCUGCUCCUCGAGCCAGCUCACGAUCUUGCAAAAUUUCAGGGCAGAGUUUCUGGCAGCGCUUCCGAAACCAGGGCAAUCUCCUCCCACUAUGAGCAUGUUCAUAGACUCGUGCCAUGCCCAUUGCCAAUCUGGGUCCCAAGAUACAUGGCUCGAGGAAGAUUCACCUAAAGUUGAGAAGACGCAAAUUGGUAGAGCGGUAGGAGACUGGUUCUACGAUCGGGAAGUAUCCCGGAGGAUUGAUUGCCCCUAUCCCUGCAACCCAACCUGCAAGAACCGUGAUGAUGAAUAAGCACUACCUGUACUUCGGUUCAAUGCUUCUGUGUUGCUAAAUAUCAAGCUAAGCAAUAAGGCCUUCUCCGUCCAGAGUAUAGAUAGGUACAGAUAGGUGUUUCCCAUAAACGAUUUCUUCUGUUCUUCUCCAUUCUGGCUCUGUGCCUUUGUCGACGAUGGAUUAUAAACAAGUAAACAUAACCAGUGUGUUAAUUUUUUUCUGUUUACCUCUACUGAGACUGAGAACCAACAAAGGAAAAGAUGCAAAACAAA